GAUUCGCGCACAGCGUUCAAAGUUGUUCAGAAGACAGACACGCAUCAGGCCUUUCCAGUCUUAGAACAAGCGCCACCUUUGUCGGUACGCUCAGAGCUACAGAAACUGAAAAAGACUGUUCAGAAGAUAUCUCGCUUGGACCAUAUCUCGAGGACGCUAAUUGUUGACCGGAGUUUGAAACUACAUUGUACCGCAUCAGUUUAGUAAGGAACCACAAAAAGGAGCCUCCACCAAAUUUGACCACUCGGCAGUACCUCCUUGUCGCUCAGAGGACAUCAAUUUAACAACGAGCUGGGUAACGGAGAACAUUAACCUUAUUUUAAAAGACUUCAAUAGGCCUAGUCUACACAACAAACCAUCUACAACAGCCGUCACCUCUCUUGUUUACGAAGUCAACAUAUAUCUGUAACCAUGGCAAACCGCGCACAAUUAGCUGUAAGGGGAAAGGGGGAAAUAAAAUGUGAUGUACACAAAGAUAAGGAUGUUGUCUUUGUGUGCAAAACUUGUAAUGUAUUAAUAUGCACAACAUGUAGCCUUUCAAACCAUAAACUUCACUUCGACAGCCUCUGUGAGCUGUCGAAAAUCAAAAAUGAAAAACAAAAGAUUAUUAAUGAUUUUAUUAAUGACUCAGAAAACGUAAAUAUUCCUAAAUUGAGCCAGGAAAUCACUUCAUUUCGAACAAAAUUAUCUUCAUGUAAAACUCGGUACGAAAAGCUUCGUAAAAAUGUCAUCGAUAAUACUGACAAAUGUAAAAAAGAAUUAGAUCAAAUUACUGCGGAGUAUGUACCGAUUUGUAACAAGAUGGAGGUGGCGGACACGGACCUCAUCGAGACACACAUCACAGACCUGGAGAGGAGGUUGGAUACUUUGACGGAACUCUCAACAAAGUAUAAACAGACUCUCCAGACAGGAACUGCUGUACUCAUGUACGACUCGGUAUCAGAAAUCCGGGAACUUGAUUUCGACAUCCCACCGACACCUAACAUAGACAUGGCAGAGUAUACUCCGGGUGUGGACAGACAAAGUCACAUGAAACAGGCCCUCGGGAAGUUGAAAAUUCCUGUUGACCUUCUCCGGUACACACUUCCUGACAGUCCAACCGUCAUGUCCCAGUUCUCAUACCCGGAUGACAUCACAUCGAUCUGUCCUACAUCUGAUGGACGUGCGUGGCUGUGUGACUUUGAAACCGACAUGGUAAAUCUCAUAAACAACAAAGGUCAGGUCAUACACACGAUAAAACACAACAGUAAGAUCAAGGACAUCAGUCUGGACCCCACCACAGGUCGUCUGUGGUUCUGUUGUUGGGGUGAGAGGUCUAUCUGUGAAGUAUCUUCAUUAUUUACACCAGUCACAAGGUUUACUAUAGAGGAUUACCCAGCCCGUCUGUGUGUGACCAGGGAGGGUCGGGUAGUGGUGGGUACAGUGGUAGACAGGGGUACAAGGUGAUGAUGUACACUGUAGACGGUCAGGUGUUACAUACACACAUUGUGGAGAGGUCAGGGACGGGGGUAGUACAGUCAAUAUCACAAUGUAGUGUUACAGGUAACAUAGCUGUAGUGAGUAGUAAACAUAUCAGUGGGGACGUCAGUGAUCUAGACAACUACAGGCGUCACAUCAUUGUGUACAACCCAACACUCCAGCCUCUGGUCCACUACCGGGGGGAGGGGAUACAGGCCCGGGGGGAGGGAAUACCGGUACAGAAGUCAGUCACACCAGACAAGUUUGGUCCAGUCACAGUUGUAUAUGACAGUAAGGGUAAUAUUGUUAUUGCUGACUGGACAAGGAAAACAAUAGAACUGAUAAGUGGAGCAGGGAAGUACAUAAAAACACUUCACACAAACAAAGGAUACCAGGGAGUAGUAGGUAUACAGAAGGGUGAUGUGUUGUGGUCACGUUUAAAGUUAGAUACAGGGAAGCGGGGAAUCAAACUCCUCAAGUAUUAUAGUGACUGAGUGACUUAACCUUGAGUGAGGAUACAGACAAUUUAUAUCAGUGGACUUAUACAACAUUAACUAUAUUUUAUCAUCAUGGUCGACAUUUUCUUCUGAUGGAUUCAGUCAACAAUGUUAGAAUGUGUUCACAUGUUUCUUUCACUGAACUGUUGUUCCCAUCAUAUGAAUGUGUUUGUGAUAUUCAUUAUUGAUUUAAUAACAAUGUUUUAUUUUAAUUACGGAUCAAUGCACAUGGCUGUGGUUUUGGAAAUCCAUACCGGUGUUUCAUAUCAACCCUGAAACCAACAUAUCUGAUUGAGGUGUAUCACCUGACUUUUCCUACCUCUUCCAGUGGAUCGUCCAAAACCUGUUUUACCCACAAACACGUAAAACAACUAAUUAUAAUAGGUCGAGCAACAUUUGUCAAUAUCAGUCAUUGUUUUUAUGUAAUAAAUAAAACUGAAUUUUGAAUUUA